AAACGAUAAAUGCCCAUAUAUCAAAAUAAGCCACCAGAUUAACUGUGUCACAACGCAUUACGCGAGGAUCAUCGUGUAGAAUAUAUCAAUUGUACACACGUAUCACGUACAAGAGGAUAAUAUACCCACCAUCCUGAAUCUACAGCUAUAUCCGGCGAGAGGUAUCCCGUAGUUUUGUAUCAAGCUCCCACGAAAAAGAAUUAUGGCCAACGCAAGACCUGGGAAUCUACUGGUCUUUCUCGUCGUAAUACUACAGAUCCAUGCCACACGUUCAGCCUCCCUGUUCAAUCUUGAGGUUAACUUCGCAAGUGGAACUAUCAUUGAAGGCCAAGGUGAAGUUAAUGUCACAAUCAGUAGGGGAGGUGGCACCGAGGAAUCCAACGUCACCUAUACCGUAGCAAGCCCCACGGAUCCCGUUCCCGUCAUCGUCGGGACGUUUUCUGCAGCCUUUGCAGAAAAUGUGACAGAAGUUGUUGUCUCGGUUGAAAUUAUCAACGACACGGUCGCAGAGGUAUCUCAAGCGUUCACUGUUACUAUUGAGAGCGCAUCUUCUGGAACCAUAGGGACCUUCGACUCUCUUACCUUCAGCAUCGCAGACGAUGAUCAAGUUCCAGCGGAUUGGUCGGCCUGGGUGGAGGGUACGUGCGGAGGAUCAUGUGACAGUCGUUUCAGAACGGACACACGGACAAGAACUUGUAGUAACUUUGGAGAUCCCCUCAGAGUGAACUGCAUAACGUCGGACAGCAGAACCGUGUCCUGUCCGACAGACUGCACGACGACAACCACAGAGCUACCUACGACAACAGCGGAGGUCUCGACAACAACAACGAAGGUCUCGACAACAACAACGAAGGUCUCGACAACAACAACGGAGGUCUCGACAACAACAACGAGUCCUUCCACUACAGAACCUAGCAAUACAACCACUGCUAUAUCAACAGCGACACCUGAUCUAAAUACAACCGCUGAACCAGAAUGCGAUGCCAACUGGACAGAGUGGUCCUGCUGGACCGUAUCCCGACCGUGCUCCGUGACGUGUGGGGAGGGUUCCCUGUAUCAGAUGCGACGCCGCACAUGUAGCGUAAACAACGGCUGUGCCGGACGACCCCUUGAGAUGAGAACAGCCAAGUGUCUGACGCCUGAUUGUAAAGACUGUUAGACAAGCUUCCAGACAAGUGCACAGAUCUCGGUCAACUUCAAGGUCAAGGUCGUUCUGUAAUGCAUUAAUCAAUAAAAACCGCAUAAAUCCC